AGGCUGGACUUGUCACAUUUCAGGCAACGGCGGAGAAUUUCUACCUCAUUGCGGACACGUUCUGUAGAACGGCAAAGUACCUGCAGGCGUUGGCAUGUAGCAUCCCCUGCGUGUCGCACAGGUGGAUCCACGACAGCUGCUGUUUUAAUCAACUGCAGGACUACAGGGGAUACAUUCUUCCAGCUGGGCAGAAUAUUAUGACAGGCAAACCUGUGGAAUGGCAGGCAAGAGGUCCGGUUCUUGCAGGACUUCGUAUCAUGAUCCUGUCCGUCAAUAGCAUGUUCAAGGAGCUGUGGUCGCCGGUGCUCGUGGCAGCAGGGGGCGAGGUGGUCGGCGAACUCUAUGCCCUGCAUCCAGAUGCACCGAACCCUGUUGAUGUAGUGAUGGCAGAUCAAAUCGACAAUGUCACACAGUCUGUGGGGCAACUGAGCAUUCCUGUGGUGACGUCAGAGUGGAUCAUUCAGUGUCUGGUCAACGGCUUUAGAAUUGACUGCAAUGCUCAUUCGAAGUUUAGAUUAGACUUGGUAUGAGGCCUGUAGGUCGACAUGUAAUUUUACACAGUGCAAAGGAUUGCAAAGGUUACACAAGGUGUAAAGGAUUUAGGGUGUAUUAAGAGGUAGGUUGUGAAGAGCGUGUACGUGGAAUUUUAAGUGCAUUCGAGAAGUGGUGAGUGACGUCACACUGGCGCGUCUACAUGGUCAUUAAUCUACUAUAUACGCCCAUGAAUACUGUGUAGGCCUAUGUGUGAAGGUACGGGUCAUACUAUAGCAUUCCGGAUAUAUUCAGAGCCACAUGUUAUGUACGGAUUUUAUAGUUUUUCAUACAUGAGAAUUUUCCGCGGCCCUGCGGAUUUCCGCUUUUUAAAUUAUAUUCCAAACAUAAUGAGAAAUUGCUUAAUUCGUGUAGAUCCGUUGAGAACGAAGUGGGGGAGGUAGGUUCAGGUUAGUCAAUGAUUGACGAUCGGUACCGGUGCAUCGUAAAAGCAUUCAAAUACCGGACGAUCACAAGUAAUCUCUGAAAAAUAUUGCUACUACCCCUGUAAUCUGUACUUAGACUGUUCCACUUCGUCGCUCUUGCGAUGGUAAAUCUAUUUUCAUUCGUCAAUUUCCCGAUGAAUGCUUUCAUGUUAAAAUAUGGCUCCAAUCGUUGUACAUAAAAAAUCCAUUCUCAUGUACUCUCAGAAUGCACCAGUCUAGCUUUAAAAUCGUAAAAUUUUACAUGAGAGGGGAGGGGCACAUUAUGUUCUCUAUGUGGGAUACUAAUAUCCAUUUGGAAUACCAGAAACCUAGAAGCUAGUAAUCCACUUGGAUACAAGAUGAAAAUUCUAAUUUUGGGUCCUAUAACUGGAAGAAAUUUUAGAAAAUUAAAUGGGGUUUUAUAUGAAAGCUCAGGAUUGCGUUCAUUUCUUUCAAAAUUUCGCCUGCAGCGCUCGCUAGGCAUGGAUACUGAACUGACAAAUUUUUGAAUCACGCACUUUUCUGCUUGUUUGGUCAUUCACUGUUCUCAUGUAUAAACAUUAGAAUACAUUAUAUAACUUAGAUAAUCAUGAUAAAUUUAUAUAAAAUAUUAUGAAAUAUGUUUUGUACCAAGAUAACAAUAAAUUUGUGUACAAAGUUUU